AUGGAGCAGAAGGAGCAAAACCAGGCGGACCUUGAGCUUGAGGGAAACGGAAAGCAUUCUGAGGUUGUUUCCAAGGUAAUUGAGGAGCGGGGGGUGGAACUUGAGAAGAACCCCCCUCAACAGUUUGACUCCAACGGAAAGCCGAAUGUUGACGUGUUCCCGAAUUAUAAGACUGAAAGGGUGGAGAUGGAUAAGGUGUUGCCGUUGAGUGGCCAGCGGUCACGCGCAGACGGAGGCAGUAGAGGCAUCAACGUCCAUGGAGGCGGCGGAAGCAUCGACGUCCAUGGAGGCAGUGGGGGUGGAACGACCGGAGGAGGAGUAGUUGGCGGUGGAGCUAAGACCGACGGAAGAGUGGCCGGUGGCAUGGCUGAGACCGACGAAGGAGUAGCCAGUGGCCACGUAUCCCCCUGUCCUUUUCUUCUUCGUCUGGUUCAGAGGAAAAGAGAGAGAGAGAGCCAGAGAGGAGAGCUUUUGGGGCGAGCUAUACACAGCCCUCGUCGGGGCUCCUCCGAUUCGGGCGGUUUGCCGAGCAGCGGGUCUGGAAACGGAACCCUGCAGUCUCGCCGUCUUCAUCUCCGCUUCCCCCUUUGCUACAGUUGCUCUCUAGGCGUUUCGAGCUACUGUAACUCUCGCUUACUCGUCCUCUACGUCUCCAAAACUACUGCGUUGCCGUUGUCUUCGUUUGCUCCGGAGAAGAUUAGCAGUAUGAUGAGACAAAUUGCAGUAACAGUGGCGAUGCUUUUGCUUGUUGCACUUGAGAUUCCAACCGGGCUAACCCUUCCAUCCACCGUACCUGCAUUUCUCUGGUCGCCCCUUGAAGAUGGCAAUGGAAUAAAGGAAGCAGUAAAUUAUCAAACUCUCUCUACAAAGGAUUUGGCCAAGUCUGUUCUGUCUGAAGGGGGCUGGUCAAACUUACUGUGUUCAGGGAAGGAAGCUCAACAACAUUCUGUAGAUGUUGCUCUUCUAUUUGGUGGGAGAGAGGUAGGAAUACGAAAAAGUUAGAACAAGAAUAAGUAGAUCUCCGAGUUUGAUUUCUUCUUGUUGAAUAGUCUCUGGCAAGAUAAAUGUCCUGUUUUGGGGUAAAACUAUGUUCGUGCAUUCCUGACUCCUCUGAAGUCACAAACUGUAAAAGUUAUGUGUACCAGAUUUUAUGGACCGAGUAUGAGUACAGUGUGCACUUCUUUUCCA